AUGCCACCAUCUCAAAUAUUUGCUUCCUGCAUAAGCCAAGCUUUGCGGCAACCGUGUUUCGCAUCAAACAACAUCACUUUCGUUCGUUAUUUUUCCGAUCGAAGUGCAAAGAUGAUCGUCGAUUCGGCAACGGAGGAAAAGCAAUCCUACCAAUACUACACCAUCCCACCGGAACAGGUGAACAAACCGGCCAGCACACGAAAGCAGGGCACCGACGUAGCCCUGCGCCGUAUCAGCCUGAUCGAUCUGGCCAAAAGCAAACUGUACGAAGCGCAAACAUUUUACGAUGAGUUCAGUGGCAUGAAUGAGGUAAAAAUUGCCCAAAACAAGGUGAUCGAGAUACAGGAUCAAUUGCAGCUGGUACAGGAACGGCGCCGGCACAUACUGCUGGAGCUAACGUUGGUGCGCAAACAGCUGCAGGACAUUCACAUCGAGCUACAGAAAGCUACCCGCGGUGAGCAUCGCUACGUGGAGCUGAUCAAGCAGGAGUUUGAUGUGAUCGCCCGGGAGAAGGAGAAAAACCAAAUCUUUCAAAUCAUUGACCAAGAGGAGCGUGAACUGUUCUCCCAUCUGACGGCAGCGGUCAAGACGUCGCACGAAAAGGAACGCACGCAGGCGAACAAUGUAAAGUACUGGUCGAUCAUUGCGUCCGGCGUCGGUGCUUUGCUGGGCAUUGUGGCCACGUCGAUAAAUUAUUACUUCCGCAACACGCAGUUCGAAACGAUCCGCCAAGCAGCGGAGGAAAGCAACCGGAAGCUAGCGAUUAUGGAGCAAAAGCUGGUGGGCCUGGAAACGUCGCUUGGGAGGAUGAAUGUGGAAUGGAACCGGUAUUUGGGUGAGCGAAGGAUCGCGGAACAGCGCCGGAUUGGGCGAAGCGGUGCGGCUGCUGAGUCCUGGGGUGGUUACAUUCGGCGCCAUAUGUCGCGAUUCGUUCGCAUUUUCCUACCGAAAGGAUAG